UCAAACAGAAGCACACACAGCACAGGUGAAACCUUAUAUUUAACUGAUAUUUACUCUUGCCAGUUUCCGUGAUGAAUUCUGAAUCUGGAAAAAAGAGUUUUAAAAAGUUAUGUUUUACACAUUAAUCUCAAAAUAAAACAAAGAAAGGAAUGACCAAACAGAAUUUAUUUGGACGAAAGAAGAAGGGCGAUACUUUGCCUAGGAAAUACAAUCACAAUUACUCCAGGAAAGAAAGACAUCAGUGAAGGAAUUUCUUCUGAAGAUCUUAGAAAGGCCUUCCUUUAGAUUCUGAAUACCUUCAUAAUUCAUUUCAGUCAGAAUUUCGAUCGAUCAACAAAAUAAUGUAAAUGAUAAAUUGUCACCAGAUCCUUUUCAUUCUACAGCAUCCCUUGACACCUGCUUACAGAGUGGACAGAAAUCCCUAUGGAUUAUAAACGUUCUUCCUAAUCAUUCGAUCAGGGUCACAAGGUUUGCAGCAUAAGAUUCUGGGUUAUUUAAUUGUAGAGUGCUGCUUUUUUAGCAAUCUGAAUAGUGCAGCAUAUGAAUUUGGCAGCACAGAAUGUAUCAUCCAUUUCUACAAUCUAAGGAAAUUUAAUCAAUGAUUAAUUAAGCCUUUGGAGUAUAGAUGCCAUUCCUGAAAUGUGAUUUGUAUGAUAUCUCAUCUGCCAUUAGACUCAUCACAAACACUCAGAAGUGGAUAUAUUGUAUAUUUCAUUUUCAGUCAGUCUGAUCACAUAUAUUCAGAAGUGGAUUUAUUGUAUAUCUUGCCUACAGCCAGACUGGUAACACAUAGUCAGAUGUGGACCAUGGUGCUGGCAUACACUCAGGUGUGGAUUUAUUGAUUUUUCUCACUCACAGUUAAACCGGUUACAUAAAUUCAGAUGUGGAUUUUUUUAUACGUGUCAUCUACAUUCAUACUGGCUGCACAUAUUCAGGAUCACCUGGGCAAUUGUAGGGAACUUCCUGAGAGUUUCCUGAUGGAGUAAGGAAGAUUGUACAUCCUCACUGGGUUUGAAGUUUAUGGACUUACUAAACUUGUGUGAUGGCCUUCCAUAACUCUUUUCCACAUAUUAAAUCCAUUCAGUAAUCCAGGCACUUUUUCUGAAAGGAACUGAUAUCAAAUAGAUUAUUAUAAGUUGAAGUUAAUCGUGUUAAAAGAAUGUACGCUAGGAUUUUUUUAAAUUAAAUUUUUAAACAGGGACUUGCAAUACUGAAUCAGUUGUUGGGAUUUAACAGAAUAAAUUUCAGGUAAAAUGAACUUUUCUGUGAGGUCCUGGAACAUCCCUAAAAUGAGCCCAAAACCAAAGAUUGCAAGUACUUUCUUCUAUGAUGAGAAUAUUGGAACAGUUACUGACCACAAAGAAUUACAAAACUCAGGCAUUACUGACGGUCAUAUUUCUAGUGGGUGGGUAGCUUCUCGGAUACAAAUGUAUGAAGAAGCAAGGAGAGGUCAAUACAAUGUUUUCAAUCAGCAAUCUAAUAGACUGGGUUUGUCUCAAAGUGGCAUUAUCUAUUUACAAUAUGAAAACGAUCAACUCAGUAAUCAGGAACAUCAGGUAAACAACAAGAGAAGAAGCAACAGCUCAGAUUAUUCAACACUUAAUAAAGGGAAAUUCCCUCCCACCAGUUUGUUUUCCAACGUGCAGUAUGAUGGAGGCACACUGAGGACUCGGGCUGGAAUUCGCAGUGGUAAAUUCAAGCCAGGUGUGAACUGCAAGGAUCCUGGGAAGCAGGAACAGUUGCACAACAAACUGUUGUCUUACAGUAUGUUUGGGAUGCCUCGUCCCUCAUCAACCACCUGUAAGUUCUGGGAAAUCCGAGAGGGAGACGAGUCCAGCAUUUAUCUGGAGCCAACUUGGAAAGAGAUUGUACUGGGUCAUGAGGAUAUGACACGGAAGCAGUGCCACCAGCAGGAAGCCAUCUGGGAGCUGCUGCACACGGAACUUACUUACUUAAAGAAGCUGAAAGUGAUCACAGAUCUUUUCAUUUGUGGUCUUGUCAACUUACAGCAACAUGGGAUUCUAAAUGAGGUCGAUCCACAGACCCUUUUCAGCAACAUUCCAGAGAUAAUCAGAGUUCAUCGUAAACUUUGGCGGGAAGUAAUGACACCAGCUCUCCAAGAAGUCAGAACAACAAGGAAGCCUUUCCACCCUCUCAGUUUUGUUGAUGGAUUCAAGAAGUUUUCAGAAAGAUUCAUUCCAUAUAUUCAGUACUGCAUGGAGGAGGAUAAAUGCAUGGAAAAUGCCAGAAUACUUUUACGAGACAAUGAGCUCUUCAAGAUUUAUGUGAAGUGGGCAGAAACACACAAGCAGUGCAACCGGCUACGUCUGAUUGAUAUGCUGGUGAAACCGCACCAGAGAAUCACUAAAUAUCCUUUGCUUCUCAAAGCAAUCCUGAAGAGAACUGAAAACCCAGAUGAUAAGGAUGCACUGUUUAGAAUGAUAUCCAAUACUGAACAGUUUCUUCAUUAUAUCAACUCAAAAAUGUUUCAGCGAGAGGAACAGCAGAAGCUUGCUUCAAUUGCAUGCCGUAUUGGUGCGUAUGAGGUGCUGGAACCUGUCUCAGAAGAGGUGGAAAAGCAUGUGAAAGAGUUCUGCAGUUUGAACUUGACAUCACCAAUAAAUGGAGUAGGACCAGAUCAGAUCCGCCAACUGCUGCUGGAAGGAACACUCAAAAUGAAAGAAAACAAAGAGAGCAAGAUGGAGGUUUACUGCUUUCUUUUCACUGAUGUAUUUCUUAUUACAAAACUUAUGAAGAAAACAGAGAUGGCAAAAGUGAUUCGCCAACCUCUCAUGGUGGAGCAAAUUGUGUGCAGAGAACUUAAAGACCCUGGUACAUUCCUGGUACUUUAUCUUAAUGAAUUUCAAUGCAUUGUGCUUGCUCUCACUUUUCAAACAUCCAGCAGUAAGGAUCGUACAAUGUGGGUCGAUGCUAUCAACAAUGCAAAGGACCAGCUAAGGAAGAUGAAAACAGAGGAGGCAGACAAUCGAGAAAAGGAGCUGCAGAGAAUCAUUGAAGACAUAUCUCAGUAUAAUGUACCAUCAUCAGCGUCUCCAAAUCUGCCUCACAGAGAAGGCAGAGGACAGCAAAUACAACGAUCUGAGUUCACCACCGUGAAGCCUAUUCUGGUAAUAACCGAUGAAGCAGGUGACCUGACAGACCAGGAUGACAGUAUGGAGACUAGUUCUACAGGCCUAGCACAGUCAGCAGUAAGAACUGCCCAUUCCCCCACAUCUGAACUGAAUUCUAAUCCUGCAGGAUCUGAUUCAGGCACAGAAUUGCCACACAGUACAAAAGAAGCAUUCACCAGCAGCUUUGCUUCACCUCGAUUACAGAGGCGACGAGUCAUGCAUAAGAAGCGAAAAAAACAGCUUUCACCUUCAUCUGUAAAUGUCUUGGACACUGCAGGAAAUGUAGAGCAGUUUAUUCAGACCCCAAGAUUACAUGGCAUUAUUAAAGCACAGGAUUUGCUUAGUUCCCCAGGAAAUAACACAUACAGCACCAUGACUACUCAUAUAACAUUGAAUGAAGAAGAGACAGCUAUGGCCGAUGAUGGUGAUGAUGAUGAUGACAAUGAUAGCUCUGUCGGUGAAGUUUUUAUAUUCGUUGAACCUAAUCUACCAAUUUUCAAUCCUGAGAAUCGAAGGUCUCCGACAGUGGUAGAAACUCUAUUGAGAGCUCAUGCCAUGGAACGGCAAUGGAAGAAUUACUGUGCUUCCGACACAAUGAGCUUUGUCAGUGAUAACAUGUCAGAGUUUUCUGACAUGGAGGAAAUUGAAUUUAUGAAAGAUAAUGCAGGCUUUGACAACACACAGACAAAGGCAGCAUUCGACAAUGAAGCAUUUAGUAAGAAGAUGCUUGAAGUAGUUAAAUUAACCACCUCAAUUAACUCAAUGAUUUCCGAGGCAGAAAAUGACAAAAUCCCUGUGCAGUCAGAAUGUUUUCCAAGGAGUAAGGAAUCUAACUCUCUUGUUCCUGAAACAGCAUCUGUAGGCAUGGAGGAGUUUUCAAGAAAUCAUAAGGAAUCUGAAGUCGGGUCAGGAAACGUGUAUCCAUGCACCAUGACAAAGCCUCAAUCUCUGCAUAUGGAAGAGACUGCAAGCAUAGGUGCUAAUUGCAGAGGCUUUGAGAUCCCUUUAGUUAUACAGAAACAACGGCUGCUGAGUGCAGAUGAUGUUCUUACAGGAAACUUACUCACAGUUUCUCCUUUUGGUCUCAGCUCAGGGGCUUAUCAGCAUUCUGUUUCCAGGGAAGUGUUCCUGUCAGAACGGACUGAGAAAUUCCAGGCACAUGUGACACCUGACAGAGUAUUAACUGUAGCAGACAUACGCCGCCUAAGGACUGAACGACAGGGCUUUUCAUGUUAACUAGUUUAUUGGACCAGCAUUUACUGUAACAAAUAAGGCACUAAUUCUAUUUAUUAAGACUUUUACUGUUUUUAUUAUACUGAUUAAAAAGUAGAAACACCUGUACAAAUGUGGAAUUACUGUACAUCACAUUUGCAUACAGGGAGAUAAAACAGCUGAACUGUUAGUCACAGUCAGUGAGGACAAGUAUAUUAACUUUAUAACAUGGGUUGGGCACAGUCCAAAUUACUAGUGCUUGCAAAAUGGCAUAAGAGUAGGCCAGUUAUGCAUAAACAAGAAAUGGAUAAGCUUUGCACACUGAAUGCCACAGAGUGAAUAACGGCAUUGCACUUCACUUUUUAAACCUAAAACAAGCCACUUUUCUAUUUUGCCACACCAGUCCUGCUGGUUGUCUGCUAAUUACAUCCACAUCACCAGAUAAAUUACAUCACACAUCCACAGAUGAAUUACUACCCACCUAGUCUCCACCCUCACACCUCCUACAGACGAAUGGAGAGCAUUGUUUCCAAAGCUGACAAGUGGGUUCAUCUUGUAAACAAUAAAUUCACAGACAACAGAAGUUUGGCAUGCAACUGACAUAAAAGACAUCAAGACACAAUGCUUGUGUAUAAUGCUCCUUGGAACCUACAUGAAGAAAGAUAUUCACAACUCAUGUAACACAACUGUAUAUUACAUUUUUUUACAUUUUGGCAGGAUGUUCGAACUAUACAGAUAAUGGGAAUGCAGAAUUACAGACACCUGCAAACAAGGUGUAUGCAACAUGAUCUGUUACAAAGUUUCUAAUUUAGACAUGUAUAUGUGUUUCUGUGAAGUUAGAUAAAACAACCUACAUUUUUAAAAAUGGAUACUAAAAGACAUGUAUUAGAAAUACCUCUACUGCUGAAGCAAGUUCUGUAAAACAAAUCUGAAGUAAAAGCCCAUCUUGUAGAAUAAUCCUGUACAAUAGGUUGUUUGUAACAAC